GAGCCUGAAGGACAACGACUUGACUGGCAUGGCCUUCAUCGACACCCAGCUCUACAUCCACCAGAUGAUCAGCGUCAAGAACUUCAUCCUGGCCGCUGAUGUCAUGAAGAGCAUCUCGCUGCUGCGCUACCAGGAGGAGAGCAAGACCCUCUCACUCGUCAGCCGGGACGCCAAGCCCCUGGAGGUCUACAGCGUGGACUUCAUGGUGGAUAACGCCCAGCUGGGGUUCCUUGUGUCCGACAGGGACCGGAACCUCCUGGUGUAUAUGUACCUGCCUGAAGGUGAGAAGAAGCAGAGGAAUUUACGGUUCAUUAAACGUAUCUUCCCUCUGGCUCUAGGGAAGAGGGACGGGCUGAGAGAUCCUUCUCUUUCUCUGCGGAGAUUCGGAUCCACCACGCUGGACGGAGGGAUGGGCCUGCUGCUGCCCAUGCAGGAGAAGACCUACCGGCGGCUCCUGAUGCUGCAGAACGCCCUGACCUCCAUGCUGCCCCACCACGCCGGCCUCAACCCCCGGGCCUUCAGGAUGCUGCACGUGGACCGGCGCAUCCUGCAGAACGCCGUCCGUAACAUCCUGGACGGGGAGCUGCUCAACCGCUACCUCUACCUGAGCACCAUGGAGCGCAGCGAGCUGGCCAAGAAAAUCGGCACCACGCCGGACAUUAUCCUGGAGGACCUCCUGGAGAUCGAUCGCGUGACCGCCCAUUUCUAGGGUGGGAGGGGUCUCUGCUGCAAUGGAAGCAGUUGGACGUGCCCCCCCUCCUCCCCGACCCCCAAGUUGCUGCGUUGCCUGUUGUGUUGGUGUUUGUUUUUGUUUAAAAAAAAAGCGAUAAAUGAAAUAUUUGUAUAAAAUGUUCCGGAUUUGUACAGAAACGACCAAGUGGUGUUGACUGGUGUGCUGUGAACCAAGUGGCGGAGGAAUCCUGGUUUAUGCUGCGGGGACAUAAUAUCUGUUUGUGGCUGGUGGGUGGGGAGGAGUAAGUGGGGCCCCCAGACCUAAAUCUGCCCUCGAGGGAGGAAACGAUCUCAAUUCUGUCCCCCAAAAGUGCUUUUUUU